AUGAAGCCGGAAGUGAUCUUUGUUUGGAGUAACUGUCUGUUUUGGACGCGCUUGGCACUUUUUUUCACUACCUUUUUGUGUUCGCUACCAAAUUCUCUUUGAAGACCCACUUUACAACACCACAAGCGUCAUAUUCUUGGUACAAACUCAUUUUGCAGAGCUUCUUGUCGUUUGUCUUGGUCGCGUCACACACUUUCAGCGGGAACUUUGAAGCUGGUUAGCGGAAGUACGCUAACAUAAGUUAGCCUAAUCAUCUCUGAUGCGAGUGUUCUGAAAUGAGCAUGGUCUCUCAGCCAGUCCGACUGAAGUCCUCACGCGGCAACGCGGGUCGGAACCAGUCCACCUUAAAUUCUAAAGCUGGGCUAACAGCCCAGGCUGUUAUCUCAGCCAGGAGCCUUGCCACCAGACCGGAUUGCGGUCCCGUCCGUUUAACUAUCGAGAAACUGUCCGAGGAGCACCAACGGAGCUCCAGACCAGGAAGGCCAUGGCGAAUGCCUCGACACAAACCGGACAGCGGCGGGGCCCCUCAUCGGACACCAAUGGACUCUCAGCCUGGUCACAACCUCCUGACAUCACACUUUCAGAUGGGGGCUCGUGGUGCGGUGCUGGCGGCUCUCAAGCAGCACUCUCACGCCCCUCAGAGGCGAGAGGUCAAAGUUCAACUUUUAGACCCCGCCCAGAGCAGCAGCAGCAGCACCUCCCACCAUAGUGCACAGGCGGGGGGAGAAUGCCUUUCUGGUAACCUAGGAGAUACCAUGAAUGCACACACUACUGCUGCAGCUCCACUGCAGGCUCAGUCAGACAUGGAGGCUGGAGGGUCCCAGCAGGGUUACAUCGUGGAUAGACUGGGCGGCGCCAGUGGGCGGAGCCAGGUGACACCGCAGCCCACGGAGGCGGCGCUGCCUAGCCGGCAGUUGGAGUCUCAGAGCCAACAUCUCGGGUCGGCUCUCAGCGUCGUCACGCCUGUUUCUUCCACCACUUCUGACCCCGCAUGUCAACAAGUCACGAAAGUGGACUCUGCAGUAAACAUCACCUCAUCAACCAGAACCAGUGUGGAGACUGGCCCAGUUACCAUGGCAACACACACAGACCAAACCAGGGAGGCCCACCAUCACAGAGACCCUCCUAUUGUUUCUGCCGCAACCCAAGCUAAUGACAGCCAGGAAGCGAUGGAGGCGGGGCUGGCGGAGGCUGAGGCCUUGCUUCUUCAGAGUGGGCCCGAGGUUACUUCUAUGCUGGAGGAGGCCAGUCAGGUUCUCCGCCAAGUUCAACGACAAAAGAAAGUUCUUGAGGAGAAUCUGGAGGCCGUGGAAAGAGUCCGGACCGGAGAGAUCCUGCAAUCUCAGCUAGAGGCCCUGGUUGCUAACAGAGACGAAAGCGAGCAGGUUCGCAUCAAGAGGACAGUCGAUGCGUGGAUCCAUCUGAUUAGCAGAGAUGUGAAGGCUAAGAUGAAACGGGAAGCGUCCCAUCGCAGGCGUGCGGACGCUUCAUCCUUUCCACUUUCGCCGCAGCGCGUGGUGGGGAGCAGAGGCGCCGCCCACACAGGAAGGACAGCGAGCUUUCCCAGGGGAACAGGAAAUAAGACGAUGGCAGGAAGUAAGACGACGGCGGCGGCGGCAGGAAGAGGAUACAGAAGCCAGAUUGCUGGAAAGAGCGCGGGGGCGGGGCCUGCUCCCGGUUUUGAGCGGCUGGACGACGAAUCAUACCUCACUCGUCUGUACGGUAUAACGCCACAAGACAGCCUGAGACCAAGCCCCGGGAAGAGUCACUACCCUCCCGUAACCUCCCUGAACGCCAACUCCCUAACCAGCCGGAAGCCCCGCCCACAUUUCAUGGAGCCUUUGAGAGGACGUGGUCGUAUGAAACAGGAAGUGGAGCAGAUACCUUCUGUCUCAGGUGUGAAGGCGAAGCCCUGGAAGACUGAGACCAGUGUGGGUGUGCCCCUCAACUCAUCACCUGGGCAACAUCUGUCCUCUCACCUGACCCCACGGGGCCUUUCUGUGACCCCUGCAGAGACAGCCAUAGCCGUCCCACUGGGUCAUCCAAGGAUAGGUCCCUCCCCCAGGUGGCGACAGAAAGUGACCUCACCACCUGUCGUAUUCUCCUCCAUGGACCACACUGCACCUGAGCCCCCCAGGUGUCGACAAAAGGUGCCCUCACCAUCUGUCGUAUUGACUGUGGACCACACUGCACCUCAGCCCCCCAGGGGUGAACAGAAGGUGACCUCACAACCUGUCGUAUUCUCCUCCAUGGACCACACUGCACCUGAGCCCCCCAGGUGUCGACAAAAGGUGCCCUCACCACCUGUCGUAUUCUCAUCCAUGGACCACACUGCACCUGAGCCCCCCAGGUGGGAACAGAAGGUGACCUCACCACCCGUCAUAUUGUCUGUGGACCACACUGCACCUGAGCCCCCCAGGUGGGAACAUAAGGUGACCUCACCACCUGUUGUAUUGUCUGUGGACCACACUGCACCUGAGCCCCCCAGGGGUCAACAGAAGGUGACCUCACCACCUGUCGUAUUGUCUGUGGACCACACUGCACCUGAGCCCCCCAGGUGUGAACAGAAAGUGACCUCACCACCUGUCAUAUUUUCCUCCAUGGACCACACUGCACCUGAGCCCCCCAGGUGGGAACAGAAGGUGACCUCACCACCUGUCAUAUUGUCUGUGGACCACACCGAACCUGAGCCCCCCAGGGGUGAACAGAAGGUGACCUCACCACCUGUCGUAUUGUCUGUGGACCACACUGCACCUCAGCCCCCCAGGGGUGAAGAGAAGGUGCCCUCACCACCCGUCAUAGUGUCUGUGGACCACACUGAACCUGAGCCCCCCAGGGGUGAACCAAAAGUGAGCCCACCACCGGUCAUAUUCUCCACCAUGGACCACACUGCACCUGAGCCCCCCAGGCGUGAACAGAAAGUGAGCCCACCACCGGUCAUAUUCUCCUCCAUGGACCACGCUUCUCCUGACCCCCCCAGCCACCAGGUGGAGCCAGUGGAUGCAGGUGAAGCUCCGCCCCCCCCAUCUAUCACUGUCAACAUCACGGGAAGGAAGAAUGAAGAGGACGCAGAGGAAGAGGAUGGCUUCCCUGGAAAUGACUUCCUGUUUGCCACUGACGUGGUGCAGGGGGAGGAGUCUGUCCCGUCUGAGGAAGGAAUCUGUUUGGAGGGAGGUCCAUCUCCUACUCUGGUCCAGCAUCAGGGUCCAGUCUUCCCCUGCCAGACCUUUGAUUUGCAUCCCGUCCGCCAUCAUCACUCAUCAGUGGCGAGGGUUGAUGAUGACCUGGUGAAACGACUGGCGAUGCGGGUGGAGCAGCAGCUCAUGUCAACAAUGAUCUCUGACCUCUACGCACCCCAGCCCCCUGACCCCGGGCAGAAUGACAUCACGGACCAAUCAGAGGUCGAGAGGAGUCUCACCUCAGACAUUGUAGAGGCAGCCGGCGGUGGGGGUCUGCAGCUUUUUGUAGACGCCAAUGUGCAUGUGGACUCAGUUUUAAUCAGGCAACUGGUUCAUGAGGUCCUGGCCGAGAUAGUGGCUCAGGUGCUUGAACAGAGGGAGGCUCCAGAUCCUGGAGCAAGACCAGGGGAAGAACCACCUGGACCAGAACCACACACCGCUGAUGAGGAGAAGGUGCCUUCUGCGGUUCCAACGCCGGUACCGACCCCUGUGCUGAGUCCUGUUCCGUCCAUCAGAGACCCCCUCCUUCUGGCCACGCCCCCUUCAUCAGAACCAGCCAGCUUGCUCGUUGAGGAGGAUUCCUCACAUCAAAUCACAGCCCGAGAGCCCGUAGCCACGCCCAUCCCCACCCCGGAGCCCAUCUACUCUGCAGAAACACCUCCUGUUGUCCGUCAAGCCACACCCUCCCUGUCCUUGGUAGACCCUGAGCUGCCACUGGAGGAGGAGAAGCCAGAGGAGCACCUCGAUGAGCACCAAGAUGAACACGCUAAGCCACAGAUGACGUCAGCAGAAGAACAACAACCCCUCCCGUUAGCUUCACCCCCUCCCCAGCCCGACCCAGAGUCCCCCUGCAGUGUUUCCGAUGAUGGAAGCAGCAGUCCAACGACAGGAAGUGAUACAGCGCUCAAACUGGUCUCAGAGGGAGAGCUCCUGAUCAGUUUCAACCAGCCAGACGCCAUGACAGAAUUUCCAUGUGUUUCAGAGGAGUGCAGUUUUUCCAGCUCUCUUCAGGAUACGGACAUAGAUCCGCCCAGUGAGGGGCAGGUCAAAGGUUGUAUGUCCCAGAUGGAGCAUGGACACACACAUACGGGUGCGUGGAGGAGGCAGGACGACCUAAGCGUGGGGGAAGUGCCUCAUGCUUACAGGGAGCGCUUGCAAUCAACACCUGAACACGUGGCACGGAUCAAUUCAUGUGCAGCGGACGCCACCAACGACAGCCUCAACGUGACCUCUGACCUCCACAGUCAGCUGUCUCCAUCUCAGGUGUCACCCCUGGAUGACACGCAUACAGCAGGACAGGUGAUGCAGUUCAAAGAGUUGAGCGCCACACAAACAGGCCAACAGGAAGUCAGCAACGGUACAUGCGUCCCACCAGAGAAGAUAUCUUCAGAUGACUCCAGUGAUUUGUUUUAGCGCAUCACACUUCUGCUACUUUUUUGGAGGUACCAGCAAAGUAAUAGGCUGCUAACAAGUAUGUUUUUUAUGGUAAAAGUAUAUUUAAGACUACAGUUGGACUCACAGAGAAUAUUAUUAAUAUUUGACGCGCGUCAAAUUGUAUGCUAACUGAAGGCUGAAUGCAAACCAGGGCAGAAUUUUACUGUAAAUUUUAAACGCUAACCGAGGUUCCACACAUAUAACUGGUCAAAAGUUGUAAAAAAAAAUGUUUCUAAAACAUUUGACCGGUAGUGUAUAUGUGCUCAUUUUAAACUUUAUUUACAACUUCUGAUGGAGGUAGGCCAACUUGAAACAUCCACCAUCCAAUCCCAUUGUAACACUAAUAAUAUAGUCAAAUUCCCCAAGGCUAGGAAUUUGAAAUAAAGACUUAAACGCUUUGAAAUGAACGACAGGAGAUUUUACCUAUCUUGACCAAAUUUGUCUUGGUUUUUAUAAUAUUAUGAUAUAUUUUUGUAGCUGUCCAUUUCAAUAAUAAACAUGUCAUAUCAUGUAUUUGUUACAUCGGUAAUUCAUUUUUACACAGUACACAUAAUUUGGUAAUAAAGUAAUGAAAGACAAC